AAAAUAAUAAAUAAUAAGUAUUUAGUGUGAUAUUUUGUGAUAUGAAAAAAUAUAAUUUAUAUGAUAUGGUUAAGUUUUGUGUAUAAAAUUGAUAUAUUUUAUUUAAAAGGAAAACAUUAAAUAAUAAUAAUAAUUAAAAAAAAUCGGGCUUCAUAUUGUGGUUUUCAGCACAUUUUGUAUAAACUCAAAUUUACAAAUAGGAUAAUACAGCAAAAGAAAUACAUAAUGGAAUCCCAAAACUAAAAGUUGAUUUACGGAUUCUUCUGAAGCUGAGAGAAUCCGAGAGAGAGGAGACUCGCAUAAUCAAUUAUGAUACGAGCAUUCCAAUGGCGAAUCAUCAUCAUGAAUAGGUUAUGGAGUUCAAGAAGGAGAUGCCGAGGCAAGUCAGGUUUCAGGAGGCGACACAAAAUUUUGAGGAUUUUUGCGAGACCGAUGAACGACGCCACGAAAAGAAACUGCCUCUAUAUAAAUCCCCAGCCAUUCUGAGGAAUUCGGAAGGUGGAUAUAUUGCCGACAAGAUUUCCAAAAUUGGUAGGUCUAAGGUAUUCCCCGAAGGCCAAGAGCCUGGGAAAAAAACAGUGCUGGAUCCUGGAAGUGAGACUGUCCUGAAAUGGAAUCGAAUGUUUAUGUUCUCUUGUUUGGUUGCACUCUUUGUGGAUCCUCUUUUUUUCUACCUGCCUUCGGUGAGGAAUCAUGGCAAUGCUUCUUGUAUGCGUGUCGAUUUGAAUUUAGCGAUCGUCGUCACCUUUUUUCGCACGGUUGCCGAUGUUUUCUACCUGUUUCAUGUGAUCAUAAAGUUCAGGACUGCUUAUGUAUCUCCUAGCUCGAGAGUAUUCGGCAAAGGAGAACUUGUUGUUGAUUUAGAUAUGAUCGCGGCGCAGUAUUUGAAAUCCGAAUUCUUCAUUGAUUUCAUUGCAAUGCUGCCUCUUCCUCAGAUUGUUAUAUGGUCAAUAUUGCCGGCGAUUAGAAGCUCCAGCUCGGAUCAUACCAACAGCGCGCUUUUACUUGUCAUUUUGUUGCAGUAUAUCCCGAGGUUGUAUCUUAUUUUCCCUCUGAGUAGUCGGAUCAUUAAAGCUACCGGAGUCGUCACUAAGACCGCCUGGGCUGGUGCGGCGUACAAUUUGCUACUUUACAUGUUAGCGAGCCACGUGUUGGGGGCUUCGUGGUACUUAUUAUCGAUUGAAAGACACGCAACUUGUUGGAAAUCGGCUUGCAGGACUGAAUUUAAUUCGACUCGAUGCUCCCCUAGUUUUAUGGAUUGUGGUGCGUUAUCUCGCCAGGAUCGAACAGAAUGGAUAAAGAAUACACUUGUUUUCGCUAGGUGCAGACCUGAUAAUACAACGUUUUUCAAUUAUGGGAUAUUCGGAAAUGCUGUUGCGAACAACGUCGUCUCGUCUAAGUUCCUGGAGAAGUUCUUCUACUGCUUGUGGUGGGGCUUGCAAAACUUAAGUUCUUAUGGCCAGACGUUGUCGACUAGCACGUUUAUUGGCGAGACUUUGUUCGCGAUACUCAUCGCGAUUUUGGGGCUCAUCCUGUUCGCGCAUUUGAUUGGGAAUAUGCAGACGUAUCUGCAAUCCCUUACGGUGAGGCUCGAGGAGUGGCGCCUGAAGCAACGCGACACCGAAGAAUGGAUGAGGCAUCGACAGCUUCCGGAAGCUUUGCAGCAACGAGUUAGACGUUUUACGCAGUACAAAUGGCUAACGACUCGAGGCGUCAACGAAGAAAUCAUCCUGCGCGCCUUGCCCGGCGAUCUAAGUCGCGACAUUCAGCGACACCUCUGUUUAGAUCUUGUUCGCCGCGUUCCGUUUUUCUCUCAGAUGGACGACCAACUCCUUGACGCAAUAUGCGCGCGCCUUGUCUCCUCGUUGAGCACCGAGGGGACUUACAUCGUCCGCGAGGGCGAUCCCGUCACCGAGAUGCUAUUUAUCAUUCGAGGGACUUUGGACAGCUCGACGACGAACGGAGGCCGGGCCGGAUUCUUCAAUUUAACGGCGUUGAGACCUGGCGAUUUCUGCGGCGAGGAGCUUCUCGCCUGGGCCUUGCUUCCGAAAUCGACGCUCAAUUUGCCGUCGUCGACGAGAACGGUGAAAGCCCUCAGCGAAGUCGAAGCGUUCGCGCUCACCGCCGAGGACCUGAAAUACGUCGCAAACCAAUUCCGGCGGCUGCACAGCAAGAAACUGCAGCACACUUUCCGGUACUACUCGCACCAUUGGCGGACGUGGGCGGCGACAUUUAUUCAGGCGGCGUGGCGGAGGCACAAGAAGAGGAUGAUGUCGAAAAGCUUGAGUAUGAUGGAAUCGUUCAACUCGUAUAACAGCGAGGAGCUCGUCGAAUGCAACGACGACGAGGAGUCGAGAACCCGGGCGAGGCAGGGGUUGGGAGUUACGGUCCUGGCGUCGAGAUUCGCCGCUAAUACGAGGAAAGGCGCGCGGAGGAGUAAGAAUGUGAAGCUUCCGAAGCUGCAGAAGCCCGAAGAGCCGGACUUCUCGGCUGAUCCCGACAACGACUAGCGCUUCACGAUCGAAAUCGAAAUCGAAAUCGAAAUCGAAAUUAAAAUCGAGAAGGUAGAUAGGAAGAAGACAGGUUUGAUCCUCUCGUUUCCUCUCCUCUAUUCCAUUUUUAUGUUUCUUGUCCUAAGCUUUUUGUUGGAUAAUUACAACCUUAAGUUAAAAAGGAUCGAACUUUAUUUACUAUUGAGCGACUGAUUGUUGGGACGUUAUAUAAACUUGGAACAGAGGAUAUUAUAUUAUUUAUAUUAUAUUUAUGCAU